AUGGUGUCCGAAUCUGUCGAAGAGAAGGGGCCACUCUACCCUGACUACCUGCCUUUCUAUGACCCGCUGGAAAAGGUUGAGAUGGUCGGACCAUUCGAGCACGAUGACCCGGGACAUCGAGCCGAUCCAUCAUUUCCGAAUCUUUUGGAAAAGGCGACUAACGUCGUGGAAUUGAGCCCACAUUGUGGAACAGAGCUCCAGGGAGUUCAGCUUUCGGAGCUUUCAACCCAAGGUCUAGAUGAAUUGGCUCUCAUGGUGGCAGAACGCGGGUGUUUAGUUUUCAGGGACCAGGAUUUUACUAACCUUGGUUUUGAGGAGCAGAAGAAGAUUGCCUCUCAUUUUGGGCCCCUUCAUAAGCAUGGAUGGAUGCCUCAUCCUAAAAAUGGUCCUGAGGAGUUCGUCAUCGUCUAUGAUUCCAAGGAUGAUCUGCGAAUUCGCAAAUCUUGGUCAAGAAAAAGCCCAAUUCAAUUCCAUGUCGAUCAGUCUCCUGAGUCUCAGCCUCCCGGAGCGACAUUCUUCUGCAUGCUCGAGUCCCCUCCAGGAGCGGGAGGCGACACGAUCAUUUCCAACAUGACCCGUGCCUUUGAGCGCCUUUCUCCUUCAUUUCGCAAGCGACUCGAAGGUCUCAAGGCUGUCCACACCACGGCGAACCCAAUCAUGCGCGAGAUCCGCGACAAUGGCCCAAAUUCUGUCCUUCGUCGGCCCAUUACGCGAACCAUUCACCCAGUUGUAGUCGUACACCCCGUCACCAAAAAGAAAGCGCUAUUUGUCAACUCUUCUUAUACCCAGAGUAUUGUUGGCUGGGACGAGGAAGAGUCAGACUAUAUGCUGAAGUUCUUGUUCGACCACAUCAAUCGCGGGCAUGACUUCUGCUGCCGCGUGCGAUAUGAGCCCGGCACAGUGGUGAUCUGGGAUCAGAGAGUGACGCAGCAUUCGCAGACUUUGGAUUACUCGGCUGGAUCUCGGAGACAUGCUUUCCGGUUGACCCCUUUGGCUAAUGUGCCAAUUCCGAGUUUGAUUGAGGAAGAUGAUGGGGAGUGUGCCAAGGAUGAAGGAAGGAUGAUGCUUAAUCUCUGCUAG